UAAUCUUCUCAGCAGAAAAAAGAUGAGAGUGCUCAUUAUUCUGGGAAUUUCAGCAGCUAUAGCCUUUACAGCUGUGUUUUUUUCUUUCCUUCAGAUAGACAAAGAUAUCCUCCUUGAAGAAACUGAAGAUAACUGCAUUAUUGAGGCUGUGCAAAAGGGCUCUAAUCUGGUGGAUUAUGCUGUACAAUAUACACUGAAAAGAAAUAUACAAGGAAGGGGAAUAACAACUCCUGCUUUGCUGCUGGCUUUCUCAAAAUCUCCAGAACAAGAGAGUCAAGAUAUUUCCCAAGCAGCUGAACGAAUGGAAAUGUCAAUUCAAGUGCUGAAACAAAAAGUCUGCCGGAAGCGCAAGCGUUCAUUGCAUCCAACGGAUCUUUUAUCAGCUGAUCUGCUCACUACAAUUGCUAACAUUUCUGGAUGUCUGCCUUAUAUGUUGCCACCAAAAUGUCCAAAUAAUUGCUUAGCUAAUAAAUAUAGACUCAUCACUGGUGCCUGCAAUAACAGAGAACACCCUAGGUGGGGAGCAUCCAACACGGCUUUGGCUCGAUGGCUCCCACCAUCCUAUGAAGACGGACUGGGCCAGCCCCGCGGAUGGAACCCCAAUGUCCUAUACAAUGGAGUCCAGCUGCCCCUGGUUCGUGACGUGACAAGAAAAAUUAUUCAUGCGUCCAAUGAGGCUGUUACUGAAGACAACUUAUAUUCUGAUAUUAUUAUGGUCUGGGGACAAUACAUCGAUCAUGACAUUGCAUUCACACCUCAGAGCACAAGUAGAAUUACCUUUCUAACUGGAGUAGAGUGCCAGAUGACAUGUGAAAAUCAAAAUCCAUGCUUUCCAAUACAGGUAACCACGAAUGAUACGUUAUCCAAUGGAAUGGGUUGUAUGCCCUUUUACCGUUCCUCUCCUGCAUGUGGCACUGGCGACCACGGUAUUCUCUUUGGAAAUCUGUCAGUGUUAAAUCCAAGACAACAGAUUAAUGGCUUAACUUCUUUUCUUGAUGCUUCUACUGUCUAUGGCAGUACCCCUGCUGCUGAAAACAAGCUAAGAAAUUUAACAAGCAGCGAAGGCCUCCUUAGAGUAAACCUGAAAUAUUAUGACAACAGUCGGGAAUACCUGCCCUUUGUAGACCUGAUCCCAUCCCCCUGUGUGCAAGACUCCAACGUGAGCGAAGGUGAGAGGAUUGAAUGCUUUCUGGCUGGGGACAGCCGAUCGAGCGAGGUCUCCUCCCUGGCAGCUAUGCACACGUUGUGGCUGAGAGAGCACAACCGCCUGGCCCGAGCCCUGAAAAGCAUGAACAGACACUGGAGCCCUGAGACUGUGUACCAAGAAGCACGGAAAAUUGUCGGUGCUCUACAUCAGAUUAUUACUUUAAGAGAUUACAUUCCCAAAAUCAUUGGUCCAGAUGCUUUUAAUCAGUAUAUUGGCCUCUAUAGAGGUUAUGAUCCCACAAUAAAUCCUACAAUUUCUAACAUAUUUUCAACAGCUGCUUUCCGUUUUGGUCAUGCAACAAUUCAACCAAUAGUAAGGAGGUUGAAUGCACAAUAUUUAGAUGAUCCAGAACUCCCAAAUCUUCAUUUGCAUGAAGUUUUCUUUAGGCCCUGGAGGCUCAUUAAAGAAGGUGGUUUGGAUCCUUUACUCAGAGGUCUUCUAGCACAUUCAGCAAAACUACAAGUGCAAGAUCAACUGCUAAAUGAAGAGUUAACAGAAAAAUUGUUUGUGUUGUCCAGUAAUGGCUCAUUUGAUUUAGCAUCAUUAAAUUUACAGCGUGGCCGUGAUCAUGGACUCCCAGGUUAUAAUGACUGGCGAGAAUUCUGUGGCUUACCAAAACUGGAAACUGAAACUGAGCUGAAUACAGCAAUAAAUAACCAGCAAGUCACUGAAAAAAUCAUGGAAUUGUACCAUAAUCCUAACAAUAUUGACGUUUGGCUUGGUGGUCUGGUAGAAGACUUUCUUCCAGGUGCUAGAACUGGUCCCCUGUUUGCAUGUAUAAUUGGAAAGCAAAUGAAAGCACUAAGGGAUGGCGACCGAUUUUGGUGGGAAAAUGAUAAUGUUUUCACAGAAGCUCAAAAGCAUGAACUCAGAAAACAUUCUUUGUCCCGUGUGAUUUGUGAAAACACAGGGAUUUCUGAAGUGCCAGUAGAUGCCUUUCAACUUGGAAAGUUUCCAGAGGAUUUUAAGCACUGUGACAAUAUUCCUGGGAUGAAUUUAGAAGCUUGGCAAGAAAUCUAUCAUGAAGAGGAAACAUGUGGAACACCAAAGAGUAUAGAAAAUGGUGAUUUUGUAUACUGUUCAGAAUUUGGAAAAUUUACAGUGAUUUAUUCAUGUCAAAAUGGGUUUCAGUUACAAGGAGAAGAACAAUUAACCUGCACAAGCAAAGGAUGGGACUUCCAGGCUCCUGUUUGUAUAGACAUCAAUGAAUGUGAAAAUGAAAUUAGUCCACCAUGCUCUCCUUCUGCUAAAUGCAUUAACACUACAGGCAGCUACAAGUGUCUCUGUACUGAUCCUUACAAGCUGGCAGAAGAUGGAAGAACAUGCAUUGGUAAUGCUCGUGAACCAAUCCUCCAUUAA